CGAAGUUGGGGUCCUUUCAUAACAACAAUAUGGCUGCGCUCGUUAAAGGCAGACACCGUUGGAAACGAAUCAAUUGGUGUCAUAUUUUGACCAGAAAUUUGACAGGGAAGUAUGACUAUGAUGUGGUCGUUAUUGGCGGUGGUUCUGGAGGGCUUGCCUGUUCCAAGGAAGCUGCACAGCUUGGACAGAAAGUUGCUGUUCUGGAUUAUGUAGAGCCCUCUUUGAAAGGCACCAAGUGGGGCCUUGGUGGCACGUGCGUUAAUGUUGGCUGCAUCCCGAAGAAACUAAUGCACCAGGCAGCCCUCCUUGGAACUGCAGUCAGAGAUGCACAAAAGUAUGGUUGGCAGCUCUCAGGACCAAUUUCCCAUGAUUGGAUCACCAUGGCUGAGGCCGUUCAAAACCACGUCAGGUCUUUGAACUGGGGUCACCGGGUCCAGCUCCAGGACAAGAAGGUGAAAUAUCUGAACAUGAGAGGUAGCCUUGUGGAUGAACACACAGUCAAAGCAGUGACAAAAGCUGGGAAAGAGAUGACCCUGACUGCCAAGAACAUUGUUAUUGCUACAGGUGGCCGUCCCAAAAUCCCCACAAAUAUUCCAGGAGCAAUGGAACAUGGUAUCACCAGUGAUGACGUAUUCUGGUUGAAAGAGUCGCCUCGAAAAACGCUUGUGGUUGGAGCGAGCUAUGUAGCUCUGGAGUGCGGCGGCUUCCUUACCGGCAUCGGCUUGGACACCACAGUGAUGGUUCGCAGCAUCGCCCUUCGGGGUUUUGAUCAGCAAAUGGCAGGAUUAGUGACAGACUACAUGGAGUCUUAUGGAACCAAAUUUGCAUUGAGGUGUAUCCCCAAGAGAGUAGACAAACUUCCAUCAGGUGACCUGAAAGUGACCUGGAAUGAUGCCCUGACAGGCAACGAACACAAUGGCACCUAUAACACUGUGUUAUGGGCAGUUGGUAGAGCUCCAGAAACGAAAGCUCUGGGUCUCAACAAACUUGGUGUGCAGCUCAACAAGGAGACUGGGAAAAUAAUUGUUGGGGUAGAUGAAUCGACAUCUGUACCAAACAUCUAUGCUUUUGGGGAUAUAGGCCAGGGGCGUCCUGAAUUGACACCUACGGCUAUUAAAGCAGGAAAACUCCUCGCCCGCAGACUUGCCGGCCACAGCACAGAGCUCAUGAACUAUGACAAUGUUCCAACCACCGUAUUUACUCCACUUGAAUAUGGCUGUGUGGGCCUAUCUGAAGAGGAGGCUGAAACCAGGCAUGGCAAAGACAACAUAGAGGUAUACCAUGCCUUCUACAAGCCUCUGGAAUUCACUGUGGCAGAGCGUGAUGCUAGCCAGUGUUACUUAAAGGUGAUAUGCCAGCGGCAUGGAGACCAGAAGAUACUGGGUCUGCACUUCACUGGACCAAAUGCCGGAGAAGUUACACAGGGCUUUGCCAUGGGCCUCCGGUGUGGUGCCACAUAUUCACACCUGUUGGGUACGGUAGGAAUCCACCCGACCUCCGCUGAGGAGCUAACCAAGGUCAACAUCACAAAACGUUCAGGAUUGGAUGCCACAGUCACUGGCUGCUGAGGUUAAAGCCCCGGUCUCUGAACACUUAAGCACACAGGGUAGAAAAUAGGUUGGGUCCAAAUGCUAAUUCUGGUUUAGCCCGCUAAUUCUUGUCACUCCAUUUCCUCUCCACAACCAUCUAAAUCUGGUUUUUGGCAUGACAGUCACUCACUAUUGGUGGUCAACUAUUAUUGGAUUUGAUUUCUUUUUUUCAGCAAAAGUUAGAAUUUUUGCGAGUUGAAUCAGUAAGUUGUCAUGGAGCAAAGUCUCCCAAUCAGGUUUGUGAAAGCCUCGGCUGCAGAGAGCGUUUUGAAAGAAAGGCUCAUAAAUCAGGGUGAAACCCUGUUCUCAGAGUGUCAUUGAAAUUAUGCAAGAAACACAGAGCAGGUUGUAACAUUUUUCUGAAAAUAUAUUCUACAAAUAUUGUUGUUUCUGUGGCUAUACUUCCUGUCCAUUAGUCUUUAAGGUGACACAUACCAUAACCCCCCUACACUCCGCCCUCAAUGACACUGAUGGAUGGCCCCUGGGCCGUCGUCGCAACGACACCGCCCCAUUUCCCAUGGACAGACACAAACAGUUGUUGGGCAUUUGGUCAGACAUUCUGGAAAGACUUGACCAGGGAGACGGACCUCUCCGAUGGUGUCAAAACCUCGCCUUGUCCUACCAAACUCUCUGAAGCAACAUAAAACAAUACAGUAGAAUGAUAAACUUCUGUAGGCCAAGCACGCAGCACUCGAUGGGGCAUCACUGCACAAGUAGCUCUGCAGGAGCCGCAGUACUCAGUGUUGCCCAACGGUGGGUCUAUUGCCUGCUCAUUUUCCUCUUGAGUGGAGUGGAAAAGAGAGGAUAAAGUUGUCACCAGACAAAACCUAAGCUCCGAUACAUUUGUCUCGUAGAUUUAAUUCCCUUAAUCCCCACAAGUGAUAUGCUUUUUGUUGAAGUUGGAGAGUAGAGUGGAUUGAUUGCUGCACCAAUUGCUCAGCCUUAUCUCUCGUGUAUUUACAUGGAUGGGAGGUUAACGCUCAGUAGUCAUCACCCUCUGAGAUAAGCUAAGUUGUUUAUAUCAAUAGCCGUAAUAGCAGAUAAAAGUGCCCAAAUGUUUAACCUGCUGACUGAACUGGACAUCCUCAACACAGCUUAUUAGGCAGAAGGUGAGGAGAGCCAGAACUGGGUCGCUACACAAAUUUGAGGACCGAAAUGGUGGGUGUCGUUUAUUUUUGAUCUGCCUGGUCUGAUUAAUGAUUCCGAUGAGGGGAGUGACAGCGUGCCUGGCGAUGG